GGAAUUCACGGGUGCUUUUUUGUAAAGACAUUUAACUCUAGUUGCAUGGAGCACAUCAGACUGGAAAAUGAAGAUCUCUGCAGUAGUAACAGCUCUCCUGACUAGCGUCCUCUUCGAAAAUGUGUGCUCCGCUAUCAAUGUCACAGUCACUCCCUCUCCAUUCACAUUGGUGGCAGAGGGGAAUAACGUCACCUUGUCCUGUAAGGUGACCCAGCGGCGUAGAUCGGAGAGUCUGCCUGUUGUGCGCUGGAUGUUCCUGCCUGAGUGGGGAGAAGAGGAGCUACUGGUGGCCAGGGUUAACAUGCGGAGAGCAAAGUUCUACGGAAACUAUACCAAGAGCUUCAGCAAGCCCAAAAUGAAGCUGACAGUGGUGAAACAGGGCAAGAUAUUUAACCUCCUCAUCUUGAACGUCACAGAACAGGACAGGGGUCUUUACAGCUGCAAGGUCCAGGAGUUUAAAAAGCAUCAGGAACGUUGGAAAGCUUCAACCAACAGCUCAGCCUCCACACAGCUAGGAGUCCAUGUUCUCCCUGCUGCAAGACCAAAGGAAGAACUCUGGAGUCUGUUUGAAGAUGUGUAUCUAUGUGCAGUGCUGGUUUGUUGUGUUGGGCUCUUGUGCAUGUGCAUGUUCACUGUGGCUGUGAGCUGUCAAUAUCUGCAGAGGAAGAGACGUUUAAAAGAAAACUAUCAUUUGGUCAAGAGCCCACAGAACAGCUCAGGGGAGACAGUCACUAGUGUAGUGAGUCUGUCCCCAGCUAUUCCCAAAAAAGAGAGAAAGUACAAGAAAAAGAAAAUCACGGAGCAGCCAGACGUACCACCAGAGAUACCGGCUAAAGCCCCUAUUGCAGACAAAAUCCGAAAGCCAAAGCUUUUAAAACCUCAACCCAGGAAAGUCGUUUUGCCCAAAAUUGCUGAGGAGAGCCUAACAUAUGCUGAACUUGAACUGAUAAAGCCACUGCCCGAUGCCAAAACUGCAAAGACAGGAACUGUAUAUGCUCAAAUACUAUUUGAAGAUAAGCCAGUCUAGCAUUGUACCAUUUUCUUGGUAAAAACUAUUAUUUAUAAUAAGUCGUCACUGUUUUUCUAAUAGCACGUUUUUUACAUGCAACAACUUACAUUGUACAUAUUGUAUAUCUAUAUAAUUUUCUAUCUGUACUAACUUUGUAUCUGUGACUCUCCAAAUUGUUUCAUAUUUACAUGUAAUGUAUAUGUAAAACGGGACACUAAGCAAAUCCACAACAGACAGCUAAUUCUAGUCUGAUAAGUCUCUGAAAAUGGUUAAUAACCGAGUGACCAACCAGUCUCAGAAAAAGAGAAAAAACAACAACAACAAAAAAAAACACUCCUGUUAUCAAACACGCCUUUUAAUCUGUGUAUUAACUCCCUGAAUUAAUUCCCUAUUCCAAAUGUGUCCAGAUUGGUUAAAGGAUUAGUUCACCCAAAAAUGAACAUUCAGUCAUUGUUUACUCACCCCUGUGUUGUUAUAACCCCAUAUGACUGUGACGAGGAAGGUGGGGCGGGGCCGUAAGUGUGCACAGCCAGCCCCCAAUCGGGCUAAUUAGCCAAGGAGAGGGAUAAGGCCGAGCUGGAUGCGGCUGUUCGGGAGAGAGAGAGUCACACGCAGCUGCAGUGUGUGUUUAUGUUUGUAUCUUUUUAAGUUUUCAUUAAACAUUAUUUUGACUGUUCGGGUUCCUACCUCCUCCUUGCCCAUUUUAAACCCUGUUACAUUGGUGCUGGAACCCGGGAAGGAGGAGGGAUGAGUUGUCGUGGAGUCCUUGCCACUGCCGUCCGCCGAAAUGAGCAGCCACGGCCGUCCGCCAGGAGACGGAGGAGUCGCUGCCGGCCACCUGGACACAGAGGAACGGCCGCCGUCCGCGAGGGGAGGCUUGCUGCCGGCCGCUGGCCGCGAGGGGAGGUUCUGCCAGGGGCGGAGGGGCUCGCUUCUGGCUUCCAGAACGUGGUGGGGUCGGAGGAAUGGGCACCGUCCGCGAGGGGAGGAGGGGCUCGCAGCUGGCUGCCAGAACGCGGAUGGGCGUUCCAUCUGCCAGGGGUCAGAGGACUCAGGAGUGGUCGAGGAUCAGGCGACAGCAUGUCUGGGUACCGGCGAGCAAAUUUUUUUUUCCUCUCUCUCCUCUCUCUCUCUCACUGUCACUCUGCCUUGCCCUUUCCCUCUCCUCUUUUCUCUCCCCUUGUCUCCCUCCCAGGUCUCGAAAGGCCCCUCGGAAAGUGGGGGGGGGGGUGUUUGCCCCCGGCCUGAGGCAAAGGAGUGUGACGAUGAGGGCGGGGUGGGGCCGGGCCGUGAGUGCGCACGGCUGGCCCCCAGUCGGGCUAAUCAGCCGAGGAGUGGGAUAAGGCUGAGCCGGAUUCAGCAGUUUGGGAGAGAGAGAGCCACACGCAGCUGCCGUGUGUGUUUAUGUUUGUGUCUUUUUAAGUUUUCAUUAAACAUUAUUUUGACUGUUCAGCCGGUUCCCGCCUCCUCCUUGCCCAUUAUAAACCCUGUUACUAUGACUUUCUUUCUUUCUUUUUCUUAACUCAAAGGGAGAAAUUGUGAAAUAAUGUUGAUCUCAGUGAUGUCAUACAAUGGCAGCUUAUAGUGACCACCUCUUCAAGCUUCAAAAGGACAAAAAAUAUAAUUCAGAAGUCUAAUAAUUUAUUCCAUGUGACUCAUGAUUGUUAUGAAAGCAUAUGUUAAGGUUUGGAGUGAAAUAAACCGAAAUCUAACAUAUUAUUUAGUAAAAAUGUAACUUUAUACAUAUGUAACUUUUAAACAUAACUUUAAAUUUGUAGGAUUCACUUAGGCCUGUUUGCUUCUUGGAUUUAAUAAUGGAAAAGCUAAUGAAACGUAACCAUUUCUUGAAUAGACAUAGAGGCACCACUGAUUUGAUGACCCCUUCAGUGUCAGUCUUUAAGAAUCAAUAAUACACACAUUCUAACAGAGGGGCAUCACUCCAUCACACUGAGAGUGGCUGUGACAUUCUCACAAACUUUCAAUGUGCAAAAAAGUUAUUUAACUGUGAAAUUAAAAGGGUUCUUCUAACCGCAUUGAGCGCAAUGAGAGCCUGCUGCCUUCACCACUAACAAGAACCAUCUGUGAAUUCAGUACAGAAACCCUAUGCUCAACACAUGUAUAACAUCACUAUCUACUUCCAAGUAUUUCUCUUCUAUGUCACUCUGUUU